UAUUGUUUAAUUUGUUGGAAUUUCAGAACUAUACUAAACAAAAGUGACAUUAUAAGCAAGAUAAAAGUUAAAACCAUAACAGAAUUUUAACAACUAAAAAAAAUUUAAUUUAACAACCAAAAAAAGAGCAAUGCCACUCCAACUUCAACGGUCUGCCAUGAAUUAUAACCAAUUUUUGCUUACCUUAUUAAAACUAUAUUUCUUUUCUUUAUUUUUCUUUCAAAUUCUUGGCCUUAUUAUAUCAAAUUAUUUUUCUAAUAGGCCAAGCGACUCAGCCACCACCACCACCACCACCACCAUAACCGCGGCGUCAGGGAAGCGAAAAUGGACAUUAAUAACCCGCAAAAUUUCUACCAUAUACCGGAAAAUGUACCGUUUCAUUGUUACAUUGUGAAUAUCACAGCAGAACAUGGCUUUUGGCAAAGUGAAAACCCUUUGACACAAGCCCUGCCUCUUUUAGCAUGGCAGCUUGCUGUUGUUAUUAUGCUCAAUCGUAUUCUCUUUUACCUCUUGAAGCCUUUCGGCAUACCUCGAAUCGUUACGGAUAUUCUGGCAGGUAUGUUGAUAGGACCGACAGCAUUCGGAAAAACACAUUUCUUCGCGGUGAUGUUUCCGUUACGAAGCAUAUACAUUGUAGAAACUGUGGCAUACUGGGCAUUAACUUGCCAUUUAUUCUUAUCUGGUUUAGAGUUAGACAUGUCAUCAUUCUUCCGAAUCGGAAAGAAAUCGAUCCGUUUCGCUAUCGCCACAAUUUUAAUCCCCUUUGCCCUUGGAAUCUGCCUGUUUUUCAUUACGACAAGCAUACGACCCGCGUCUUUGUACCGAAAAAGCGGCUGCAUAUUCUGGGGAGCAGCUCUGACAGUCACAAGUUUCCCUGUAGUUGCUAGACUUUUAGCAGAACAGAAGCUUUUACAUUCGGAUAUCGGAAGAUUAGCGAUGGCGAUUUCGCUUGUAAACGAGCUGUUUACGUGGCUGCUUUUGUCGGUUCUAAUUCCGGCUCGAAUUGGCGGACUAAAUGCUCUGUUUUCGCUAAUUGCAACGGCGGCUUUCGUCGCGUUCUGUUUCACAGUUGUUCGUCCUGCUCUUGCCUUUAUAAUACGCAAGACUACUGCAGGAAAUAAAUACAGUGAAUACUAUUUAUGUUUCAUUUUGGUUUCCGUUUCGUUCUUUUCGCUAAUUAGCGACAUGCUCGGGACCACAUCGAUCGUCGGGGCUUUCGUUUUCGGGCUGAUAAUGCCGAAUCGGGUUCUUGCAAGCGAGCUUUUGGAGAAAUUUGAGGAUUUUAUUACGGCUUAUUUGUUGCCAUUGUAUUUUACGGCUAUGGGGUUGAGACUUGAUAUUUGGACCAUAACUAGUUGGCCAAUGUCAAUAUUUGUUAUAGUGCUGUGCUGUGGGGUUAAAAUUGGUUGCACUAUGUUGGCUGCUUAUCACUUCAAAUUCUCUCGUCAGGAUGGUUUUGCUCUCGGAGUACUUAUGAAUACUAAAGGCAUUUUGGCUCUCAUUGUCCUUAGCAUGGGAUUUGACAAAAUGUAUCUAGUAAAAGAAGAUUUUGUGACAAUGGUGCUCGCAAUUCUGAUAAUGACCGGAGCAGUUUCGCCCAUUAUAGCCUCCAUUUACAACCCUAACAGACGAUUAUCAAAAUACAAGCAGAGAACCAUUCAGAACGCCCGGCCCGACUCCGAAUUCAAGAUCCUGACAUGCUUGCAGAGCGGCGGUAAUGUAUCAGGCAUGAUCAAUUUAUUAGACUGUUCUAAUGCUACAAACGAAUCCCCUCUCUCCGUUUUCGCUCUCCACCUCGUCGAGCUCACUGGCCGCGCCUCUGCUAUGCUUAUAGUCCACAGUCCUGGCAAGAGCCGCAGAAGCGGGUAUUCGGAGCAGAUUGUUAGUUCUCUCGAAACGUAUUCGAAUCUGAACGAACAUGUUAGUAUCCACCCGUUAACUGCAUUAUCGCCUUUUUCGACUAUGCAUGAAGAUAUUUGCAGUUUAGCUGAGGAUAAAGAAGUUGGUUUCUUGAUUCUUCCUUUUCAUAAACUUCCUACUCCUGAUGGCAAAUUAGAGGAUGAAGGUAGUACUUCGUUUCGAGGGGUAAAUCUGAAUGUGAUAGCGAACGCUCCGUGCACAGUCGGUAUCUUCGUAGACAGAGGAUUUGGAAUUCAAGGAGAAUCCAAUCUCACUAUGCGACAGAUAACAAUGUUUUUCAUCGGCGGCCCUGAUGAUCGUGAAGCAUUAUCAUACGCUUGGAGAAUGUCGAUGAGUCACGGAGUUUCUUUAACAGUAGUGAGGUUCAUUCUCGGAGAAGGAGUAGAACAAUCUGCACAAGAACAAGCAAUGGGUGACGCGCAUAGAGAAGCAGUAUCAAUCGAGUUUUCGAGUAGACAACGAAGGAUAGACGACGAGUUUGUCAACGAGUUUAGGCUUAAAUCGGCAGGAGAACAGUAUAUGGUGUAUCACGAAAAGGUGGUGAAUAAUGACGAAGAAUUAAUCGAAAGCUUGAAAGAAAUGCACCAUAUUUACGAUCUCUAUAUUGUCGGAAGAGGCGAAGGGAUGAACUCUCCAUUGACGGCGGGGUUGAUGGAUUGGUGCGAGUAUCCUGAGCUGGGUGCAUUAGGUGACUUGUUGGUCACGUCAAGCUUUGCUCAAGGUUCGGUUCUGGUGAUGCAAAAAUAUGUUGCAUAUGGAGGAGACGAAGAAUUCGGUGAACAUAUGGCGGGUUCCGCCGACGGCUCGGGGCAUGAAAGGGAGCAUUUCAGAGAUUGGAGAGGUGCUUCUGAGGAUAAUGAUGGAGGGCUUGAAAUGGAGCCUUUUGCACAGCACAGAAGCAAGGGUCAUGGUGAAGAUCAUGUUUAGGGAUUUGAUUAAUUGUUGUACUAUAUGUAAGUAACCAAGAAACAAUGUAUUUUCAUGGAGUUUAAUUAGUUUGUUUCUAAUGCA